AUGGAUGACUACUUGGAAAACUAAAUACAUUUUAAGUUUUGGUCAUUAAAGGAAAUGAAUAGGUAAUUUUUUAAAAAGAGAUUAUAUCGUAAUAGAAUUAGAAAAUAAUAAAUAAAUUUAUAUAAUUUUCCAUAUUUUGAGGAGAAAAUAAAAUAAGGAAUAUGGCAAGAAGCUAUUGAUAAUUAUUGGAGGUAAUGAAUAAUUCAAUUUUAAAAGUAAAGCUGAAAUCUCAUAUAUUGGAGUUUAUUAAAACAAUAUGAAAAGUGGAUUUUGCAAAAUAAUGAUAGGAAAGAAAUAGAUUUAUUUUAAAUAAUAUUUCAUAGAGUUGGAGGAUAAUAUAAUGAAUAAGGAAUGAAGUAUGGUAAAUGGAUAGAACAGAGUGAUGACUUUUGGAUGUAUAAAUAAUAAAUUAAUAUAAUAGUGAAAAUUAAGUAACUUAUAAUUGUGAAUGUAUUGAUGGUAAAAAAUAUGGAUUAUGGAAUAUUUUAUUGAGACAGAAAUAUAUGUAAUAAUAAUUAAUAUUUAUAUAAUUUAGAGGUGGUGGAGUAUAUGAUAAAAAUGGAUUGAAGGAUAGAAAUUGGGUAGAUUUAAGUGACGGGUUUUGCAAGUAUGCAACUUAUUUUUAUUUUAAUAUUCUAGUGGAUUAUAAUUCAUUUUCAGAGCUUUUGUUUAAGAUUUUCAAAAAAGAAAUUGCGAUCAUUUACUAAUAUAUAAUACUUUUUUUUCUAGAAAUGAGUGUAUUUGGAAUGAAGGAUGGUAAUUGGGUUGAAUUGAAAUCUAUUAAUCAUAAAAAAUUUUGCAUUAAUUAUUAUUAUCAAUAUCUUAGCAAACGAUUUGUUACAUUUAUUGGAAAUUAUAUGGGCAAGAGAAAAUAUGGCAGAUGGGACAUAAAAUAUAAAGGGGAAUUCAUGUAAAGAGAAUAUAAAAUAAUUCAAGUGGAGGAGGAAAUUAUUAUGAAAACCAAGUGAAAAAUUGUAAAUGGAUUGAAAUAAGUGAUUCAUUUAUGACGUAAAUAAUAAUAUUCCUAUUUCUUAGGGAAAAUUAAAUAAUUUAUAAAGUUGAAUAUAAAAAUAGUCAAAAAUUUGGAAAAUGGAACAUGAUGUUUAGGAUUUUGGGAGAAUAAAAAUUUUAGUUAAUAAUUGAUACAGUAAAAUUUAAGAGGUGGAUCAUAUGAUGAAAACGGAUAAAAGACUGGAAAUUGGAUAGAGUUGAGCGAUAAUUUUUCGACGUAUUUAUUAAAUUUAAUAAGAGAUUUAUCUAAAUUACUUUUGAAGGUGAGUAUCUUAAUGGAAAAAAGAUUUAAAAACGGAGAACUUUACAUAUAAAUUUGUAUGAGGAUAAAAUGAAGAAAAUUUAAGGAUUAUUUAAUGUUAGUGGUGGUGGAUUAUAUGAUAAUAAUGGAAUGAAAGAUGGGAAAUGGGUGGAAAUGUUUGAUAACAUUUUGUAGUAUGAAAAUAUUUUCAUUAUAAAGAUACAAAGAAUUCAUAUGUAAUGGCAAAUAUAAUGAAAGAAGAAAAUAAGGAAGUUGGGAUUAUAAAAUAAAAAAGAAAGAAUACAUGUAAGAAUGAUAAAAUUAAUUUUAAGUGGUGGUGGAUCAUAUAAUUAAAAUGGAAAGAAAAAUGGUAUUUGGUUAGAGUUAGGUGAUUAUUGUAAAGAGUAUGAAGUUAUUUAAUUAAGGAUUUUUAAAUUAUUUAGAUUGGAAAAUAUAAUAAUGGUGAAAAAUGUGGAAAAUGAGAGAUAAUGUCAAGAAAAGAUAAAAAAGAGCAUUUGUAAAAGGUAUAUAUAAUUGUUAUUAUUUUCCAUUAUUAGCAGUGAAGAAUUUUAUGAUAUAGCAAAUAACAAGAAAUGA